AUGACAGCGAUCAAUAGGCUACCCUUACAUGGAGUUAAAAUUCUAGAUUUAACACGUGUUUUAGCCGGACCUUUUGCUAGCAUGGUAUUAGCUGAUUAUGGAGCAGAUGUAAUUAAAGUUGAAAAACCAGGACAAGGUGAUGAUACACGAACAUGGGGACCGCCUUAUGUUGAAGAUCAAAGUGCAUAUUUCUUAAGUAUUAAUCGAAAUAAACGAAGUAUUGCUAUCGAUAUGAGUCGUCAACAAGGUCAAACAAUAAUUCGUGAACUUGCUAAGAAAAGCGAUGUUUUAAUUGAAAAUUAUUUACCUGGACAAUUAAAAAAAUUUGGUUUGGAAUAUCAAGAUCUUCGAUCGAUUAAUGAUAGGCUUAUUUAUUGUUCAAUAACAGGAUAUGGAAGUCAUGGACCAUAUUCAAACAGACCAGGUUAUGAUUUAGUUAUUCAAGCAUUAGGUGGAAUGAUGAGUAUUACAGGAAGUUCGGAACCUGUUAAAGUUGGUGUUGCUGUUAUUGAUUUAGCUACUGGUUUAUCAAGUGUUGGAGCUAUUACAGCUGCUUUAUAUCAACGUGAAAAAAUUGGAAAAGGAACAAAAAUAGAAUGUUCAUUACUUGAAACUCAACUUUCUCUUCUUUCACAUAUUGGUGCUAAUUAUUUAAAUGCUGGUUGGGAAGCUCAACGUCAUGGUACAGCUCAUGCAUCUAUUGUUCCUUAUCAAGCAUUUACCUGUCAAGAUGGCGAACGAAUAGUUGUAGCAGCUGCAAAUGAUCAAUUUUUUAAAGAACUUUGCAAAAUUAUUAAUUUACAAGAACUUGUAACGAAUGAUCUAUUUAGAAGUAAUAAAUUUCGUGUAACAAAUCGAGUACAAUUGAUUUCUAUUUUAUCAAAAAAAUUUAUGGAAAAACCAUUAACCGAAUGGCUGGCACUGUUUCAAAAGUCAAAUAAAGUUCCAUAUGGUCCUAUCAAUGAUAUGAAAGGUGUUUUUGAAAAUGAACAAGUCACUUUUCAAAAACAAGUUCUUGAAAUGAAAAAUCCAAAUCGAACAAAAUCCAUUCGUGUUGUUGGUCCAUCAGUAAAUUUUGAAAAUAUCGAAAAAUCUUCUAUGCUUCGUCAUGCUGCACCAUUACUUGGUGAACAUACUCGAUCUAUUCUUCAAACUGAACUUAAUUAUACAAAUGAACAACUUGAUAAACUUAUUCAUGAGAAAAUUAUUCAAUAA